CGUGAGUAAAGCGGCCAAUGGGUGGCUGGUGCAGGUUUAACUAUGUUUAAUGUCAGAUAGCAAUAAAGUAGAAGCUGCCGGUCGGGCCCCGCGGAAAUGGGCGAGCAUAAUCUCCUGAAUCCUGGGUUUGUGGGGCCGCUGGUGAACAUCCACACGGGAGACACCUUUUACUUUCCCAACUUCCGCGCAUCAGGGGCUCAACUCCCGGGGCUGCCUUCGCUGUCCUACCCACGCCGCGACAACGUGUGUUCGCUGCCCUGGCCGUCGGCCGAGCCGUGCAAUGGCUACCCGCAGCCGUAUCUCGGCAGCCCGGUGUCUCUCAACCCACCUUUCGGCCGCACAUGCGAGCUGGCUCGCGUAGAGGAUAGCAAGGGGUACUACCGCGAGCCGUGCACGGAGGGCGGCGGCGGGAGCCUAAAGCGGGAAGAGCGCGGGCGCGAACCCGGAACGGGGCCCGGAGCAGCCCUGCUGCAGCUGGAGCCGUCGGGGCCGCCUGCGCUUGGCUUCAAGUACGACUACCCGGCAGCCAGCGGCGGUGGUGAUGCCGGCACGGGACCCCCUCACGACCCACCCUCAUGCCAGUCACUGGAAUCUGACUCCAGUUCGUCCCUACUCAACGAGGGCAACAAGGGAGCUAGCGCGGGCGACCCUGGCCCUCUGGUAUCGCCGUUGAACCCAGGCGGCGGGCUCUCAGCCAGCGGCGCGCCCUGGUACCCGAUCCACAGCCGCUCUCGAAAGAAGCGUAAGCCGUAUUCGAAGUUGCAGCUGGCGGAGCUGGAGGGCGAGUUUCUGGUCAACGAGUUCAUCACACGACAGCGUCGGAGGGAACUCUCAGACCGCUUGAAUCUUAGUGACCAGCAGGUCAAGAUUUGGUUCCAGAAUCGGAGAAUGAAAAAGAAAAGACUUCUGCUGAGAGAGCAAGCUCUCUCGUUCUUCUAGGAGUCAGGACACGCGUGCUCGCCCCAGACUGAGCUUGCUUUGGUGGAGCAAGAGGGGGCGGGCGUAGCCUGAAACCCAGUCCCGCUUACAACGCC